AUGACAUCUACUACUCCUCCGGGCGAUCCAGCUACUACAAGACCUCUUCUAUCCCCAGGAAAGUCCCUCCGCAUCGAAUCCAACGUCAGUAAAGCAGGAAAUGUGUCUAUGUCCUUCCAAGCGCCCAUCAUGUUGACACCGUUUCCAGAUGGCACAACUAUGACCGCGCCAUACAAGGUUUGA